AUGAAAGACUCUAAAUUGUGUUUAGUAUGUUCAUAGAAUAAAUAUAAGUAUAAAUGCCCUAAAUGCAGUGUUUAAUAUUGUGGUUUAGGUUGCUUCAAAACGCAUAAAUGUGAAGAUUAUAAACAGGAAAAGCAGUAAACUCAAAUAAUUAAUCAAGAAACUGACCCAAUACACAAAUCAAAUUAUGUAGAGGAUGAAGAUUUAAGAGUUCCAAAGGCCAAAUUAGAGCAAUUAAAAAGCAGCAUAAAGAUUAAAAAAAUACUUCAGUCUUCCAAGCUGAGAGAAACACUAUUAAAAAUAGAUGACGCUAGAAGUAGAUUAUGGGAACUAAAUAACGAAAUGAAAACUAAUUAGCAUUUCAUGGAAUUUACAUAGUUAUUAUUAGGUGAAAUGGACAUGCUCAAUAAUAAUAACGAAUUUUUAUGA